AUGAAUCUUACCAAUAUUUUCAAACUCGAUAUGGUGGAUCGUCGUUGUCAUCUUCCUCCUCAGAAGAAUCGUCGUCACGGUAAUUUGGCCUUGGCAUUCUUUCGUUUCUUGGUGGAACUGAAUCAGUCUCAACUUCUUUCGGUUGUUGUUGAGCAGCAACGUUUAGUGCAGCUUGCUCUCGAGCAGCAUACGCCUCUCUUAGGAAUCGAGGACGUUCUUCGUUUAGAAUAG